GCGGGCAGGCUCCAGCGCUCACUCUGUCGGCAGCUCCGCACCCAGCCAGCAGCCCCGCAGAGCGCCCGCGGGUGCGCGUUGCAGGAAGAAAGCAGGAACCGGCGAGGAGGGGACGGGGCCGCUGCCGCGAGGGGGGAUUUUUCGUGCGCCCUUGCAAGUUUCACCAGCCGGCGCUGCCGUGGGAGACUUCUUGUCGCUGCAGAAAAAAAAAAGGAGGGGGGCAGGAAAGCGGGGCGAUCGCGAGGGGCGCGAAGAGGCCGGCGCGAGGGAAAGUUGAUUCGAAGUGGCACCGUAUGCAAAAAAAAAAAAAAGUCGAUCGCCAGCAGGAGCAUAAAAGUGUGAGCGGCUCCGGCGCGGGGCUGCAGCUCCCUGCGCGCUAGAGCAGCGACAGCCACAGGUGCCCGGGGCUCAGACUUUGCCUUGUGGAGAGGCCGCGGGCACUUUCCUCGCCCCAUCGCCGCAGGAGCGGAGCCGGGGGGCUCGGGCUCGCCAGGGGUUUCGGGGUGUUUUCGGCUCUGAGGAGGUCCCCGCCCAACCAGCAAGAUUUUGUCCAAAAGCAGGCAGGAGGAUCGCCCUGCGCUGAGCCGGCUGGUGGGCAGCAGGCGGCGGCUGAUCGCGGCCGGCGCCCUGGGGGUGGUCAUGGUGCUGCUGCUGGUCAUCCUCAUCCCGGUGCUGGUGAGCUCGGCCGGCACCUCGGCCCACUACGAGAUGCUGGGCACCUGCCGCAUGGUCUGCGACCCCUACGGCGGCACCAAGGCGCCCAGCACGGCGGCCACGCCCGACCGCGGCCUCAUGCAGUCCCUGCCCACCUUCAUCCAGGGACCCAAGGGCGAGGCCGGCCGCCCGGGCAAGGCGGGGCCCCGCGGGCCGCCCGGGGAGCCGGGGCCGCCCGGGCCGGUGGGGCCCCCGGGGGAGAAGGGCGAGCCCGGGCGCCAGGGCCUGCCAGGUCCCCCCGGGGCGCCGGGGCUGAAUGCGGCCGGGGCCAUCAGCGCCGCCACCUACAGCACCGUGCCCAAGAUCGCCUUCUACGCCGGCCUCAAGCGCCAGCACGAGGGCUACGAGGUGCUCAAGUUCGACGACGUGGUCACCAACCUGGGCAACCACUACGACCCCACCACAGGCAAGUUCACGUGCUCCAUCCCCGGCAUCUACUUCUUCACCUACCACGUGCUGAUGCGGGGCGGCGACGGCACCAGCAUGUGGGCAGAUCUCUGCAAGAACAACCAGGUUCGAGCUAGUGCAAUUGCUCAGGAUGCUGAUCAGAACUACGACUAUGCCAGUAACAGCGUGGUUCUUCAUUUGGAGCCAGGAGAUGAAGUUUACAUAAAAUUGGAUGGAGGAAAAGCACAUGGAGGAAACAACAACAAAUACAGCACAUUUUCUGGAUUUAUUAUUUAUGCUGACUGAUUAUGAGUUAAAAACUAAGCUUGUUCUUCUGAGAUGGAUUCACGUGGCAAAAGUCAAUGAAUCAAGAAUCCAGCGGAUACAGACCAUGGGACACCUCAGUAGUGGGGGAAAAUCAAAUGCUACCUGACUCACAUCUGUAUGACACAGAAACCUUAUAUUAAAAUAUAUAUAUAUAUAUAUAUAAAGCAAGUUAAACAGAUGUGUGAUCCACUACCGCCAAAGCAAAUACUUAUUGUUAGUGUCGAUGUGAAUGAAGUCCUAUAUAGAUCACAAAUUUUUAUAGGAAAAUCUAAAGACACUGAAUUAUUUCUUCAGUAUAUACGAUACUUCGAUGUAUUAUGAUCUUGCUGCUUUAUCCAUACGUCAGCUUUGGUUCUUGUGACUUACCCGCUAACUAUGAUGCUUGGAGUCCACUCAUAGUGAGGAAUGAGUUUACAAUAAAAGGAAGAGGUAAUUGAAAUGCUUCUUCUCUCCAAAGGAAUUGUUUGCCUUGUACUUUUGUUAUCCUUCUAUCUAGAACUAGAAACUAAUAAGUUUCAAGCCUUAACUCUUAAUUUCCCUGCUUUGUGAGUGUAGGUCAGGCCUUUUAAAUUAUUUCCACCUGUUUGUUUAGUUUAAAUUUCCUUUCCCUCCCCUUAACUGUAUUCUAAGAGAGAAAGACAGAAGAAACAAUUCAAUAAAAAUAUAAGAGAUGAUAUAACAAACUGCCUAUAUUUGGACCAAAUCCUGGGUCCACUGAAGCCAAUUGCAAAACUCCUAUUUGGCCUUUAAUAUGUAAACAGAUUUGGCUCUUAAUUUGUAAACAUGUGUAAAUAUAUAUAUUUAGACAAUUUAACAAACCCAUUCUUGAUGGUUUGUUGUGUAAAUACUGUUUUAGCAAAUCUAACAUCCACACUGCCAGGCCAGAAUAAUUUUUUUGCUGCAAUUAGUCUUCAGUGUAAAUCUGUAGUUACUACUUUUGUUUAACAAAAGAUUAUUUAUGAUUUGACAUACUACAAAGAGUCAACUGAAGUCAUUACAUAGAACAGUGUGAGAAAACCACUGGUCAAAAUCCUGCUCCGCUUAUUUAUGCAACCAGUCUUGCUGAAGUCAGUGUGGAUACUUGCAUGAGAGUGGGAUUUGGACCCCAUGUAAUGAUGCCAUCACACAGUACCUGUUACAAGGUAUUGCAUUCAUUUGUAGUAUGGUGUGACUGAAAUUAACAGAUAAGCAUAUUACCAAAUAUGAAAACCAGUUAUGCAAAGAGAGAAACAGAUUUUCAAAUGCAAAAAACUGUGUACUAAAACCUAUUUUUCUUAUAUAUAUCUAUAUCUAUCUAUAUCUCAAAAAGGCUUACUCAGUAUAAUAUACUAAUAGCCUGGAGAAUUACAUUGUAAAAACAUGCUUUUCAGUUAUAGUUCUACAAAAAUCUUUUACAAUCAGUAAUAGCAGCAAUAUCAGUAAUACCUCUAUAAAAAGGAUUUUUAUUUAGAAAUUAUGUUUUUGUUUUUUUAAUUGCUCCCACAACAAUACUUGCAAGUUUAAGUCUAAAGCAAAAUUAUAGCAGGAAUACAUAACAGAAUCUUUACGGCAGGGUCAAAAUAAUUACAUAGCUUCCUGUUGUCAUGCUGAUGCAGUAUAGAUCUUAGGUGACAUUCAUGGCAGAAUAAAAAUACUAUUUGUAUAAAUUGCUAUGGAGUAGUGAGAGGCCAGACCUAGUUUUUCUGUUUUACAUAAUCUGCAGGGCCGGCUCCAGGCACCAGCGGAGGAAGCACGUGCUUGGGGCGGCACAUUCCAUCCAUUCUUGGGGCGACAGUCUAAGUGGCUUUUUUUCUUUGCUUUGGCAGUUCGGGCGGCUUUUUUUUUUUCCUUGGGGCGGCAAAAAUAGUAGAGCCGGCACUGAUAAUCUGCCCCAUGCAACCUUCUCUAAACUACCAAGGGAAUGGGACAAAUUGAGAUUUGUCAUAUACUAAAGUGUCAAAUAUCUGCCAUAAUUAAAGAAAAAUAUUUUCCUCUUUGAUUUUUUGAUAACUGUAAGAUAGAGAUUUUAAAGAUAGAAAAAUCCCCCUAAAAAGCAUUUAUUUACAUGGUUAAGGCAUUUCUUACACAGACCA